GCAAAUUAUAUACAUAUAUAAAAAUAAACACUUUGCAACUUUAUGCCACACGCUCGCAAAUACCAACGUGGUGUUUUUCUCGCUUAACUUGACCUCGAGCUGCAAUUUUAAACUAAAGUGGACAACAAAUGGCUGGCUCGGCGCUGCGUCGCCUGAUGGCGGAAUACAAACAGUUAACAAUGGAUCCGCCGGAGGGCAUUGCCGCUGGACCCAUCAGUGAGGACAAUUUCUUUGAAUGGGAGGCGCUAAUUGCCGGACCCGAGGGCACCUGUUUCGAGGGCGGCGUGUUUCCCGCCCGUUUGGUCUUUCCACCCGACUACCCACUGAGUCCACCUAAAAUGAAAUUCACUUGUGAUAUGUUUCAUCCAAACAUCUUUGCCGAUGGCCGCGUCUGCAUAUCAAUACUACACGCCCCUGGCGACGAUCCCAUGGGCUACGAGCUCUCCGCCGAGCGCUGGAGCCCUGUUCAGAGUGUUGAGAAGAUACUGCUGAGUGUGGUCAGCAUGCUGGCGGAACCGAACGACGAGAGUGGCGCCAAUGUGGAUGCGGCCAUCAUGUGGCGGGAGCGGAGGGACGAGUUCAAUCGGAUCGCACAGCGAUUGGUACGCAAGACACUCGGCUUAUCCGCAUAAGAGCGACCACGGCGACUGAUCCCCAGACCCAAACGAAAUCAAAAACACGGCAGCAACAACAAAUCAACAGCA